GUCGAUUGUAUCAAUCCAUAGCAUGCUUGAUGGCAGCGACGAGUCAAGUGAAGCCAGCGCCACCAACCACAAUUACGCCUUGUGCGUCCGCAUUGCCACACAUCUGGACUCAACCUAGUCAUGAGACACCGAUCGUCCAUCGGUUUCUCGCCACGGUCAACAAAGGCAGGGCGAUGCGCAAACAGCGAGACACACAGCCAGCAGGAUCCACGCAUGCUAUGCUCUCUGUACAGACGCUGCACGUUUCCAUGUAUCAAUAAAAGGCAAAACUCCUGUACAUCCACCCCACUUGACAAACAAAACUGUACACAUCAAACGCUCCACGCACACAUAGGUACACACACCGUCCUCUCGUCUAUCCGCCCAUGACGGGCUCGUCGAUCGACUCAGCCGGAGCCGCACCCUCAUCGUCAUCGGGUACCUUGCCGCCCUCUGCUGGUGAUGGAUCCUCCUCCUCUGCUUCACCGCUCGCGUCACCCCCGUCACCAUUCGAUGAUAAGGCGGCCAUCUGCUGCUCCUCAUGCAGCCACAGACCCUCGCAGAACUUCGCCCAUGUCUGCACAUACACAGACACAAGCCACGAAUCUCCUGCGUGUGUCUCUUUGUCUGUCUGUCUGUUUGUCUGUCUGUUGCGUACCAGUCCUCUUGGCGUGUAGAUGGAGAGGAUGCCGAUCUCGCUCACGUCAGUGAUGUUCCAGUACUCGUUGUCGUAGAAGACUGUCCUCUCUCUGUCCACCCCGCUCUUGCGCACGAUCUGGUUGAGGUGCCGCUGCUUGGAGCCCUGAUACAUCUCACGAAUCGGUGCCACGCUGGCGACGCUCUGCCCACUCGACAGCUGGUACAGCUGCAGGGCGUGCUCAGCCCAUCGCGGCGUGGUUGUCCGGGACGCAAUGGCUAUGCGGAUCUUGAGAUCGACGCAGACAUCGAGCACCCGAAUGGCGUCGGGACAAAGGCGGAACACGUUGCCGCGCCUGUCGGUGAUGGAGUCGUUGCUUCUCCGCUUGAAUGGAGGGCCCUCUGUGUAGUCGAUGUCGCCGACCCACAGCGUCUGACACACACAAUGGACACAGGCCACAGAGAUACACAUCUGUCUGCGUGCUGCUGUGUAUGUGGACCUCGUCUUACAUCAUCCAAAUCGAGGACAAUCAGCUCCGGAAGGCAAGAGAGGCUGCGAAUGCCAUGCUCGGACCUCUCUUUGUAGACAUCCUGAUUCCGCAUCAGCCGCAUCGCAGAAAGCAGGGAAAGGUUCCUAGAC